AUGAGCUGGAGCACGGAAGGUGCGGAGGGUGCGGAGGGUACAGAGGGUACCGUCAGCGAAAGUAUCAUUGCCACAGAUAUUGUGCUUAAAGAGCAUCAUAAGCUCUUCUUCAAGCUCAAAACCUCGGCGAGAAAGUUCCUGGGCAACCAUAUCGACCGACAUGAGCUCAAGGAAACAACCGACAAACUAGAGGAUAAGAGCAAACAAUAUAAGAGCGUCCAAAUCUCAGAAAUAAACGUGAAGAAUGUAGAACAGUGCCUCUAUCUUCAAUUCGAUAGCCAUGAUAUGGAGAUGAAGGACGUAUAG